GCCCGACCCCCGACCCAGAAACAAUUCCUCCCAUCUUUUCCGACCGUCAAUAUCAUCUUGGUCUAAGCACUAGAGGCAACAAACACUCCCAGCUCUUUGCAACGGGUACAGAGAUACCAUUCCAGACCACGCAUACCCAAGGCACCAUUGGAUACAUCUGUCUUCCCUCCUGCGGGUGAUCCUUUGUUGGUCUUUCUUUGUCCCUCCUCAUCCUCAUUCUUCUUCAUCUCUAUCCCUUCCUCUGCCGGGUCUGCAAAACUCAACUCGAGACUGGCCGCUGGCGACAAUUUUACCUUUCACAACUUGACACCGCCCCCGACUCCCCGACUCACUUCUCGCACGCGUCGCCCUCGGCACCCGCUCUCUCCAACCGACUGUCCAACCAACCAGCGGGCCAAAUAAAAAAUAAAAAAAAUAACAGCAACCUCGCAUCAACACCUCUCAUAUUGCAAUCUGACAAGUUCAUGCAAUGUCAGGCAACACCCUGAGAGGCACGCCCAAUCGCGGCCAGGCCCGUGGAGGCAUCCCCUUCACCCAGAGCCCCUCGGUCACCGGCUCUGCUGUCCCUGGCGCCGCUUCUGGCAUUCCUCGCCCUGUUCUGGAGACCCAGCCUACGCAGAGCGAAGUUGGUGGAUCGGGACUCAGCGCGAGCCGUCAGAAGCAGACCAAGAGAGAUGAGGCAAUCCGCAAGAAGAUGGAGAGCGACCUCUCCAAGAAGAAGCACCUCACGAGCCGAGCGCGUCACUCGCGCAAGGCCCCGCCCGGCACCGUUCUUGCCCUGAAACCGAGCCAGGCUCUGCAGAUCAAGCCCGGCACCACCGUUGCCGAGGCCGCUCAGCUUAUGGCCGCAAAACGCGAGGACUGCGUGCUCGUUACCGAUGACGAUGACCGUAUCGCCGGCAUCUUCACCGCCAAGGACCUGGCCUUCCGCGUCGUCGGCGCCGGUCAGAAGCCGAACCACAUCACCAUCGCCGAGAUCAUGACCAAGAACCCCCUCUGCGCCCGCACCGACACGAGCGCCACCGAUGCCCUUGACCUCAUGGUCCGCAAGGGUUUCCGUCACCUGCCUGUUAUGGACGAGAACCAGGACAUUUCGGGCAUUCUCGAUAUUACAAAGUGUUUCUACGACGCCAUGGAGAAGCUGGAGCGUGCCUACUCGUCCUCGCGACGCCUGUACGACGCCCUCGAGGGUGUGCAGUCCGAGCUCGGCACGAGUCAACCUCAGCAGAUCAUCCAGUACGUCGAGGCUCUGCGCUCCAAGAUGUCCGGUCCCACUCUUGAGUCUGUCCUCGACGGCCGGCCCCCGACGACGGUGAGCGUCCGGACCUCGGUCAAGGAGGCUGCGCAGAUGAUGAAGGAGAACCGUACGACCGCCGUCCUCGUGCAGGACCAGGGUGCUAUCACUGGCAUCUUUACCAGCAAGGACGUUGUCCUCCGCGUCAUUGCCCCCGGCUUGGACCCCGCGACCUGCAGCGUCGUUCGCGUCAUGACCCCUCACCCCGACUUUGCUCCUAUGGACAUGAGCAUCCAGGCUGCUUUGCGCAAGAUGCACGACGGCCACUACCUCAACCUCCCUGUCAUGAACGAUGGCGGCGAGAUCGUUGGCAUGGUCGACGUCCUCAAGCUCACCUACGCUACCCUCGAGCAAAUCAACACCAUGUCCACCUCGGACAGCGAAGGACCCGCAUGGAACAAAUUCUGGCUUUCGCUCGACGACGGCACUGAAUCCUUGAUGUCCGGCGAGGGCAGCCAUACCCACCACACAAACCUCGGCUCCCGCAUCAUGUCCCCCGACAUUUCUCGUGAGCGUAUCGGUGACAGCGUCGCCCCUGGCGACUCAGCGUCCCACGUCGGUAUCGAGUCGCCGCCGCGUUCCGCAGUCACCGGCAACAGCCCGGCCCAACAAUCUCCCGCCGAGCUGCCCUUCCCCUUUAAGUUCAAGGCCCCGUCCGGACGUGUGCACCGUCUGCAAGUCAUCGCCUCCCAGGGCAUUGCAGCCAUGGUCACUAACGUGCUGGCCAAGCUGGGAAGUGAGGUGGAUGCUAUUGGUGGUGCCCCCACCGUUGAGGAAGGCAAGAUUUCGGGUGGUUUCGCGCUCAGCUACCUCGAUGACGAGGGCGACUCGGUCUCGAUCACAACGGACAACGAUCUCCUCGAGUCUAUUCUGCUUGCCCGUCAAGGUCGCAGGGAAAAGGUCGACCUCUUCGUUCACGACCCCGAGAAGCCUCCUGUUUCUGCUGCGCCUCCCACCAUUGAGACAAUUGCCCUUCCCACUCCUCCCAUUUCCGCCACCCCAGACCUGCGCCGGAGGCGAGCGUACGACGACGAGGAUGAUGAGGCGGAGGAUGAAGACGACGAUGUGUCCCACGUGCGUCGGUCGCGCCGCGCGAAGCACACGCCCGAGCCGGAACAGGUUAUCGCCGGCGUCCCCAACGAGCUGCUGCUGCCCGGCGCCAUCGUGACGUUGGCGGUUGUCAUUGUUGGUGUCUUCACCAUCUCGCGCUUGACCAGCAGGUAAGGCAUGUCUAGAGAGAGGGACGCCGGAAGAGGAGGAUCUCAUUCAUGACUUUACGAGAGUCAUUGGCGAAGCAUUGUAGAUAUGUAUCGAGUAUUGUUGUCUUUAUUAGACUGAGUACCCCGACGUUAAUUAAUCCACCGUACAUCAUCAGUUUGCGAAACCAAAAUGCCCCAUACUAUGAAUUCUAGAGUCCUGC